AUGGAGCUCGCCUCGGGGGCCAUGGCCGUCCUGGCCCCCAAGCUGGGCGAGCUGCUCACGGCGGAGUACGUCGUGCAGAAAGGCCUCAAGCCCGACAUCGAGUCCCUCUCCAAGGAGCUUGUGAUGAUGAAAGCCUCUCUGGAGGACUCGUCUCGGGUACCACCGGACCAGCUCACUGAGGUGGAAAAGCUCUGGGCACGGCAGGUCCGGGAGCUGUCGUAUGACAUGGAGGACACCGUCGAUGACUUCAUCCUGCACGUGGCUAAUGGUGGCAAGUCUGCAACUGCCACCGACGCCAACGUCUUCAAGAAGAUCCUUGGCAAGGCCACCGCUGCAAUGAAGAAGGUCAAGCAUCGCCACCAGAUCUCCGACAAGGUCAAAGACAUAAAGAAGCUCUCCAACGAGUUGGCUGAGCUCCGUGCCAAGUACACAGUUAGAGGCGUGGGAGCUGAUCUUGCCGCGAGCACCGGCAUCGACCCCCGUGUCCUCAAUCUCUACGAGAAAGAGUCGGAUCUCGUUGGCAUCGAAGAGUCAAAGGACAGAGUCACCAGGAUGCUAUAUAUAGGGACCAAAGAUGAUGCUCAUGCUCAUGCUUUCGAUCAGGACCUAAAGGUAGUGUCUAUAGUCGGGUUUGGAGGAUUGGGUAAGACUACGCUAGCCAAAACGGUGCAUGAUAUGCUUAAGAAGCAAUUCGGUUGUUCUGCUUUUAUUUCUGUUGGUAGGACUCCUAAUCUGACUAGGACAUUUGAGAAGAUAUUAGUGGAAUUCGAUAAGUAUAAGCAAGUCGACAUGGCCAGAUGGGAUAUAGAGCAAUUUGGAAACGAACUGCAUGAAUUCUUAACGGAUAAGAGGUACUUCAUUGUUGUUGAUGACAUAUGGGAUGUUGAAUCAUGGAAAGCGAUCAGAUAUGCCUUGAAGGACAAUAAUUGUGGAAGUAGAAUUAUCAUGACUACUCGUAAUUUUGAGGUUGCCACAAAAGCAGGAGAGGUUUACAGACUGAAACCUCUUUCUCAUGGAAACUCUAAGAAAUUAUUCUACAAAAGAAUACAGAGCCAUAAAGGAGAAAGUGUUGAUGGUGUAUCAGAUGAAUUGUCUAGUAAAAUCAUAGAUAAGUGUGGCGGCAUACCAUUGGCUAUCAUUGCAAUAGCUAGUUUAUUGGUUGAAAGACCAUAUGAUGACUGGUCAAAGGUUUAUGACUCAAUUGGUUUUGGGAAUGGAGACAAUACAACGAAGAUACUCUCAUAUAGCUACUAUGAUCUACCUUCUUAUUUAAAACCAUGUCUACUGCACCUAAGCAUAUUUCCGGAAGAUAAUUUCCUUGGUAAAAAGAGUGUCAUUUGGAUGUGGAUAGGUGAAGGUUUUGUCCAUCUUGAGAAAGAGGACGGCAGCCUAUUUGAGGCUGGAGAAAGAUACUUCAACGAGCUUGUCAAUAGAAGCAUGAUCCAAACGAUGAAAGACAGAUAUGAUCCGUUCACACAAUGGUUCCGUAUUCAUGAUAUUGUGUUUGAUCUCAUCAGCAAGUUAUCGAGAGAUGAAAACUUUGUUACGUUUUUGGGAAGCAUGGAGCAACAUGCAUCUCCAGACAGUUUAAGGAGAGAGAAGAAUACCAGCAUUCCUCGUUCGGACAGCAAGGUACGCCGGCUGGCUGUCAAAAAUCACCUUGUGCAACGCAUCCGUGAAGACACCAUGGACAUGCCAGAGGUGAUGAGGUCACUUAACAUUUUUGAUAGUAAGAUUGAGGUUAUGGCCCCACUUCAUAGCUUCAGAGUUUGCCGUGUGCUAUAUAUAGAAAACUACUACGUCCCGAUUAGCCUAAAGCAUAUAGGGAAGUUGUUGCAUCUCAAGUACUUAGAGAUAUCAUCUUACACACCUGUUGAUGAGCUUCCUAAGGAACUUGGGCAUCUGAAGUCUCUCCAGACACUGUACUUAAAGAAAACAGGGCUAGACGAGCUGCCACCGGCUGUUUGUUCGCUUACACAGCUGAUGUGCCUGGUAGCUAUUGGGUUUAGAAGGUUGCCAGCUGACAGGAUGGGGAGCCUAACAUCCCUUGAGGACCUACGGCUAGACAGCGUAGUUGGUCGGAAUGCCACUGAGGACCUGGUGGUAGCGCUUGGGAAGCUGACGAGGCUGAGGGUGGCCACUAUCACCUUUUCCGAGGAACUAGAUGAAAACUUGCAAAAAGCAUUGGUGCAAUCUCUUUGCAAUCUGCAGGAACUCCGAGAACUAGUGCUUCAUUCUACAGGAUCACUGCAACAGGGAGCCAAUGCGUGGGAAGACUGGGAGACACCUAGGCAGCUCCGUCAACUGCUUAUACACUGCAUCAUUUUGUCACGGCUGCCUCGGUGGAUCAAUCGCUCCAGCCUGCCGUGCCUCUGCUCCUUAUCUGUGGACGUGUAUACUAUUGAAAAACAGGACCUAGAUAACCUGGAGAGAUUGCCAGAGCUGACCUACCUUGAGCUAGUCAGUUUCAGCUGCCCUCCAGGGUAUACUGUUGGUAAGGACGGUUUCAGGAAUCUGAGGUUCUGCCGUGUGGAUACAACGCUCAAAUUUUCUAUGGGCGCCAUGCCAAGGCUCGAAGAGCUGCGGUUUAGAGUUAAUGCAGGGUAUUCGAGUGGGUUUGUAAAUGAUGUGCCGUUGGAGCAGUUCCCAACAAAGGAUGAAAUCGAAGAUCUUGACUUGGGCCUGGAUAACCUCCUUUCACUUGAGAAAGUCACCGUCACAGUCGACUGCUCGGGUGCUGCUACUGCCGCAGAAGUGCAGGAAGUGGAGGCCAUGGUCACGCGUGCGGUGGAAAAUCAUCCCAACCGUCGAACUAUAAAAGUGGAUCGAGCACAUGAAGGAAAUAUGUUAUCUGACGAAGAAAGCGAGGAUCUGCUUCAGCAACACAUUCAACAAUGUGACCGUGUGCUCUCGUCGAAGGAUGAGCCUGAUGCUUGGUUCAUCGCCCACCUACGGUGGUACCGACUUCUUCAGAAAGCCGUUAUUUCCAUCGACUGUGCGGGUGCCAGCCUGUGUGAGGUGGAGAAAGUGGAAGCAGCUUUUAGGCAUGCAGCCGAGGUUCACCAUAACCAUCCGACUAUCCAACUGAUCAGAACAAACACCGACGAAAUGGUCUCCUCAUCUGACCAUCUCGACACAGAGACAAUCCCAAUGCCAGAGAAAAAUGGGUAUCCAACAAUGAUCUUAUACAGUGAGUGGUCGGUUUGUGUUGGGAUAAUGGAUCCCAUCAGAGAAAAUUGA